UGCUAGAAUAUCAAUUGUCUACUUUCUCACUAUCUCUACUUAUCUUCUUUCUAGAGGCUUCUGCAUGCAAGUCAGAAAGAGUAAACAAAUCUCUGCUUAUCAGACUGCCAUCCAGAGUUUGAGCCCAUAUGCCCAUACUAUCUUUGUCAGCUACCCUACCUAGUGUUCAUAUUAUUAUUAUAUCUUCAUAACUAGCAUUUCUUGCUGGACGGUAAGGAGAAUUGAGAAUGAAGAUUAGGUGUGAUAUGUGUGACAAAGAAGAGGCCUCUGUGUUUUGUUCAGCUGAUGAAGCUGUUCUUUGUGAUGAAUGCGAUCGUGGAGUUCACCAUGCAAACAAAUUAGCCAGUAAACAUUUGCGUUUCUCUCUUGUUAUCCCCUCUUUUAAAGACUCCCCUCUUUGCGAUAUCUGCCAGGAGAGACGUGCGUUGUUGUUUUGUCAAGAAGAUAGAGCCGUUCUUUGCAGAGUCUGUGACAUCCCCAUUCAUAAAGCCAACGAAUACACCAAAAACCACAGCAGGUUUCUUCUCACUGGUGUUAAACUUUCUCCUUCUUCUUUAUAUCCAAUCUCUUCAUCAUCUAACUGCUGCGACACAGCAACAACAACAACAUCAAAAAACACAAACAAAAGUCGUGCUUCAGUUUCUAAUGAAAUCUUCAGCUCAUAUUCGAUGCCAUCAACGCCAAACAAGGUUGAUGAAAACAUUAACAUGAGCGACAAUUGCUCAGUUUCAACCAGCAGUAUAUCUGAGUAUUUAAUGGAGACAUUACCCGGCUGGUCUGUUGAAGAUUUUCUUGAUCCUUCAUCUGCAGCUUCCAAUGUUAUGUGUAGAUUUCUGAUUCUGAUGAGUUUUUGUCAUUUGGGAAUCAAGAUCUUGAUGUUUUUCUUCAGUCCCCUCAAGUUCCAUUGUAUUGUCCCCAAAAUGGCUUCACAAAUGUAUCAUUUAAGGAGGCAUCAGAAGCAAACAGCUUGAAAUUCAACGGAAAAUGGUUUGAUGAUGGUUUCACAGUUCCUCAGAUCACUACUCAAUCAUUGAAGGAGUCCAGACUCCGUUGGUAGAAUUUCAUAUAAAAUGUUUGGUUCAUUCUCUAGGAUCUGUGUAGUUGAAUAUUAUAUAGGUUUUCUUUGACACUCUUGGCUUUGUUAAUUUGGGUAGCAUCUUAAUCAAUUUUAACAAGGAGUUUCUACUUUCUCUGCUCA